CGUAUUUAUCAAGCCCAAUUUCGUCAACUCCUGCAUCGGCAGCCGGCAACCGAGGACUGAUCUAAAACAAAACAAAACAAAACAAAACAAAACAAGAUAGUAAGAUACUGCUGCUGCUCGGAAGUCGGAACAGCUUCCCCACCAUCAUUCGCGAAGUAAUCGCCGCUAGCUAUCGGGUCUUUCUUCUCUUAGCCUCUCGUCGCGUCCCUGGUCAUGUUUGUUUCUCUGAUUGUCGCUCCUUAGCUGGUCGCCGCUCACUUUCUCUUCGUUGAUUCAUUCAGUCCAUGCAAUUUUGGACGGGAUUUUCACUAUGGGUCAUCUGGAAACAGUCUCUCUGUGCUUUAGUACAGGGGUAAGACUGCGUACAUCCGACCCUCCCUCACCCCACCGUAGGUGGGAGCCUUUGCGGCACUGGGGUAAAUGAAAAUGAAAUGAAAAGAAACAGGUAUAAUGGAGAUUUCACUAUUAAAAGUGCUUCUCAACAAAAUCACAAGCUUCUUUGUUAUAUCAUCUCGGGAGAACAUAAACUUUUCACUGGCACAGAAGUAUUAUGGGACAGCAGAAGGCAUACUGAAGCUGUUGAUGCCAAUUCUCAACAGCACUGUCGAUUCUGAAGUAGCCUCUGAGGAACUGUUACAGAAGGCCUUUGCUGGACUGUCCGAUUCAAUUGAUCAACUAAGGAAACUAUAUGAAAUCUGGGAGCCAUUCAGUAGUAAAAUAUAUUUUGUAUGUCAUCAGAUAUGCUUUAUAAUUUAUAUGCAUUGAUCAGUUGUUUUGAUGCUAUAUAUACAUAUAUAACCUAUGUUUACCUAGUUGCUAUUAUCUUCAAGAAACCAAACUCCACCUUACAUAUAUUGUCAGACUGGGUUUACUACCACCAUGCCAGUGCAGCAGUGCUCAUGAUAAAUAGAAAAAAUUGAACUGAAAGUGUGGUUUCAUUUCUUUCCAUGGUUUGAGGGUGGUAAUUAACCCCCGUUUUCAGUUUCUCCAUCCUCUCAUAAUGAGUGUACUUUGGAUAUUGCAUAAUGGCAAUGGUUUAAGCAGUGUUGUCAAAAGCGCUCGCUUCUGCGCUUAAGCGCACAAAGCGCAGCGAGGUAGACCCCUAGCGCCUGAGUAAGGUAGAAGCGCACAACCCUGGGCAAGGCGCAGCAUAAGCGCUAGAAGCGCAUGAAGCGCGGAAGCGCUAUAGGCGCGUGCCUGCGUCGCCUGAAACGGAAAAGGCUGACAGCCCUUUUUAGUUUAAAACUUUGAAAAAGAAAGCCCAUAUCUUAAUAGUCCUCAGCCCAUGAAAACAAUAGGGUAAAGUAAGUUUAACCUACGUAAAACUAAGCCUGUAAGUACUUAAAAACGUAAACUUGCGCAAGACACUACAAAGCUUAACCGCUAGCCAUCCUCUUCACUCUCCUCGCUUUCCUCACUCCGUCACUCUAUACUCAAGCUGCUCUACACGACUACACCAGCCGGUUCUUUCAGCUUCCUUCAUCAUCUCAAGCAUACACAGCUCUCCAUCGUAGCAGUAAACAAGGAUAUGGAAGGUGGAACAAGUUCUGUGGGUGGUGCUGAAAGUGAAAACUCUACAAAAAAUGACCCAGCUUGGAAACACAACUACUUAGUUAACAAAAAAGAUCCUAAAUCAGUUACCUGCAUUUACUGUGGAGCUUCUCAUUGAGCUAGUGACACUUGAUAAGCUGAAGGAGAAUGUAGAACAAGCAGAAAGGAGUGAUGAAAUUGAGUACAUUGAACAGAUAAUUGCUCUUGUUAGUCAUAUGCAUGAAUCCCUCGUAGUGAUGAAACAUUCUGAGAGCUGUACUACCUCUGUGACAAUACCCCCGGAUUUCUGCUGUCCUCUCUCACUUGAGCUCUUGAGGGACCCAGUAAUCGUUUCAUCUGGACAGACAUAUGAGCGAGCCUUCAUUCGAAAUUGGAUUAACCUUGGCCUCACCGUCUGCCCGAAGACACGACAAACCCUUGCUCAUACAAACCUAGUACCGAACUACACUGUCAAGGCAUUUAUUGCAAAGUGGUGCGAAUCAAAUCAAAUAAAGCUUGCUGAUCCAGUAAAACCCAUUAGCUUGGAAUGUAGUGCACCCAGGAACAAUCAUAUAUUUCCCCAUUCAAGGGCUAAUAAUUCCACUUCACCUGAUUCAUCUCGCUCUUUUGGUUCCCCAUCUCCAAGGAAAGAUCCAUUCUCCUCCACUGCAAUCCAAAUAGAGACAACAUCUCGCCCCAAUCCCCAUUCAUCUUCAGAGGAGGAAUCCUUGGCAGGAAGUGGAGGUAAUCGGUUGGAUGUUGAACAAAUGUCUCUUGAGAGUUCAGAAGAUGGAAAUCCCGAAAACUCGGGAAAACGGAGUAUUGACUCGAUCAGCCACUUUUCCAUGCCACUAUCUACGAGUCAUGUGUCAUCAGCUAAUGAUGAAGAUUUACACCAUGGUCAUAACCGGACCUCCUCUGCACCAACCAUGCUGUCCUCUGAUUCAAAACUCACCCAUGUAAACGCUGAGGAUGAUGGAAAUGCAAUGUCAUCAUCUGCUGCUGGUGUUUCUGUCUCUUCUGUGGAGGCUGUUGCUUCAGAUUCCACACCCCCUUCUUAUGCAGUGGCUGCUGGCACAAGGCCCUCACCAUCAAUGUGGCGUAGGUCAUCUGAAGCAUUUGUUCCGAGAAUAGUUUCUUCACCUUCUGUUGGAACAAGGGCUGAUAUUGCGCUAGUGGAAGAGCAUGUUAGAAAGUUGGUUGAGAACUUGAAGGACACUUCCAUUGAUUUGCAGAGAGAAGCCUCGGCUGAAAUCCGAUUACUGGCCAAACAUAAUAUGGAUAAUCGUAUCGUGAUUGCGAAUUGCGGUGCUAUUAAUCUAUUGGUCGACUUACUGCGUUCCAUGGACCAACAAGUGCAGGAAAAUGCUGUCACUGCACUCCUUAACCUUUCGAUUAAUGCUAACAACAAGUCUGCAAUUGCUAAUGCCAAUGCAAUAGAACCUCUGAUUCAUGUGCUUGAGACGGGGAGUGCAGAGGCUAAAGAAAACUCUGCCGCCACUCUUUUCAGCCUUUCUGUUAUGGAGGACAACAAGAUAAAGAUUGGGAACUCUGGAGCGAUACAACCUCUUGUUGAUUUAUUGGGGAACGGAACUCCAAGGGGAAAGAAAGAUGCGGCCUCAGCUGUGUUUAACUUUUCAAUGCAUCCUGAGAACAAGACCCGGAUUGUGCAGGCGGGUGCGGUGAGAUACCUCGUGGACUUGAUGGACCCAGCUGCUGGCAUGGUUGAUAAAGCCGUUGCUGUUCUGUCAAACCUGUCUACCAUUCAGGAGGGAAGGGUGGCUAUUGGUCAGGAAGAAGGGAUCCCCGUUCUGGUUGAGGUUGUUGAAUUGGGAUCUGCAAGGGGUAAGGAAAAUGCAGCUACUGCUCUGCUGCAGUUAUGCACAAACAGCGGUAAGCACUGUAAUAUGGUUCUCCAAGAAGGCGCUGUACCUCCGUUAGUGGCUUUGUCACAAUCUGGCACCCCCAGAGCAAGAGAAAAGGCUCAAGCACUUCUUAGCUACUUCAGGAAUCAACGUAAUGCUGGCAGGAACUGAUUUUGUAAAAUUGUGCUUUGGACAGCAUACGAUGUUUCAGGUGAGAGGUUAUUGUCUUUGUUGUGUGUAAAUCUGGUGAUAGAAAUAGUUGGUUUGUAUUCUAUUUCAUGUACUUUUUUAUACGUGGAAGUGAGAUGGUUUUUGUCAUGAACACGCACACCUACGCCUGAACAUGUAAGAUUUCUCCUUCACUGCAAUAUUUAUACCAGUAUUAUUUUCACAGUAAGUGCUACUUUCCAGAUGAAACAAUGUACGUGCUGCAGUUUUUGUCUUUGUUGCAUUCGUUACCAAAUAGGCCCUAAGCUUUUCAAACACAAUAAGCUGAAGCUUGUCAUACUCGGCCAACACACCAACACCGCCGCACCUACAAUGGCUCCCAGAAUGAUAGCACCGGCACCCGGCCUUGAAGAGAGAUUUGGCUCCCUCGUUCUUUAGGAUCUGAGAGAAUGCGUCAAGAGAGUUCUUAUACUGCCCCUCCAGAUGUCAUCAUCAUUCUUCUACGAACUGUGUAAUGGUUAAGAUGCAAGCCCAGAGCUAGCAAAUAAACUAUCAUGCAAACAAAAAAGUUGGAAAGAAAACGUAAGAUUAUAAAUAGUUGAAAUGCUCAGACAAGAAAAUCAAUCAUUUUGAGAUAUUGUUAUCAUGUUUAUUUAAAGGCUUAGACUUAGAUAUCUUAGUUAUUAGAUCCUGGAUAUAGAACACCUUUUGAUUUAAAUCCUAGCAUUUCUUUUUGUUUUUCAACCCUGGAAAUAUGUCAUUUUCUGUUUACUCCAUCCACGGGUUAUGUGUAACCCUUG